AUGUCCGCUACCGCCGCGGCUGACAAGGAGACCUUUCCCGUGCAGCUGAGUCCCGGUGAAGGGGUCAUCUUCCACUACGACCUCUGGGCAGCACAGCAGCACCUGUCGGCGGCCAUCUACCCGUGGACGAACCGCGAGACGGGAAAAUCCAAGGUGACGAUGCCGCGGGCGCAGAAUGCCGCCUACGAACUCGACAUCGUCGGCGGCACCUACUUUCCCUUUGUGCUCAAGGAGUGGCACAGCUGGGGCUUCCUCAAGCUCAACGUCAAGUGCCUGGUCACCACGUCGGAGUUGCCGUUCAUCCAGCCCGACUUCAGCCACCAUCAAAGUACGCGGCCGUUGAUGUGGAUCGGCGUUGGCACCGAGACGACUCCGCCUGCCACGACGGCGACGAUGACGAUGACGGACGCUGCCAACAAACCCAACAGUCUCAGCCUGGUCCAGCUCGCGUACUGCGUGGGCGGGAUGCACCAGGGGUCCAAACCGGCAUAUUGGGUCCACAAGGACGACGGUGGCGUCGAGAUGAUCUGA